UUGUUUUCAUGGCCUGAUCAUCGUAUCAUGCUUCGACCGCGACUUACCUCUACCACAACCUUGGCCCGAGUGUCAAUUCGACUCUUCUCGGAUCGUGGCGAUCGCAGAUAUGCUACCAAGCCGACACUUUUCAAAAGAGCUCUGACAGGAAAAUUCAGAGUGUCCACUCCUCAAGAUGCUGAAGCCUUCCUAUCAACAACUUUGAAUCAAAGGGAUAACCCAAUUGGCGUUGUCGAAGAGAUACUUGCCAGUAGGAAUGCUCUGAAGUGUCUCCAUGAUGCUUUUAAUGUCGACGAUACGCCAGAGUAUAUUGAUGCAGUUCUUCAGCCUGUGAUAGCUUGGCUCCAGUACCCGGCUCUCCAGUCAGCAAGCAAUGGAUAUUAUCUCAAGCGUACUUUGCAGACGUUGGUCAACCCACCAGGCUCAAAGUUUUGGAAAGGCUAUCACUCUCAUGUCAAGUAUGAGCUCGUUGAUCAGAGAUCGACACAGUGCUUUGCAUGGUUACUAUUACAACUACUUACCAACACGCGAAAUGUACGACCCUACGAUUUGAUGAUCGCCAAGGACCCUCUGGUAAAACGUGUACUGGCAGAUUCGCGGUACGGUGACACUCGCCACCUUGGCCAAAGGAUACAGCGAGUAUACGCUUUACAUCAGACCGCCACCUCCCGAGGGAAUCGAGAGAUCUUUCAACCACAACACAACAACGACUUUCAAAACUUCAAGGACAUUGGUAUUUUCCCUACCACACAGGAAGUGGUUUCGGACACCAAGCCUCGUAUCUGGCGUGCUGCAGAAGUGUUCGAGCAACCCGAUCCUACCAGAAGGCUAUACGUGUUUCUAGCGAAUCUAUUUCGGCUCUACAGACAAGAUUGGCUUGAGGAGAUCAAGGAACAAGUUCAAAUCGCUCUGGGAAAGGGAAAUGAAGGCCCUCGCACCAUCACAACACUCAAAGUGAAGUUGACUGGAGUUUCAUGUUCAGACGUAUCCAGGAAACACGGACAGCAUCCUUGGUCAUUGAAACUCGAAUGCUCAGAACCUUUACCCGAACUCAAAGACCUUGAUCAAGAACAGCGCAAAGCCUUCAUCAAAGACGAUACUGACUUUAUGCCAGACGGAGCUCUUGGCUUUGCAGUUGCCGAUGGCGAGCUGGUGGCCAUUGUCAAGAUCUCACGCGAUGAAGCAUUACUCGCCAAAUCAGUCAUUUGCAUCCAAAUUCCUCAUCGCAAGCUGAUACCGCAAGCGAUGCUUAGUAUGAUGAACGCGGCAUCUCUGGAGCUGGUACUUCUCAAUACUGCCGGGUAUGCUUAUGAACCUGUCCUUGGUCGUUUGCAGAAUACUACCGAGAUUCCAUUUGAGGAUGAAUUGCUGUUUUGGGACGACUCACAAGCACUCAAAUUAUCAGAGGCCUAUCGCAAUAGCGAAACGAUCAAGGGUAUCGUAAAACAACUCGAGGAGAAGCCAGAGUUGAACUUACAGGAUAUCAUGAAGCUGAAAGGCUCAGUUGUCUUGGACUCUUCACAAGCGGCUUCGUUAACAGCUGCAUUGAAACAAAGGUUGAGUCUCGUACAAGGACCGCCUGGUACUGGCAAAUCAUUCAUCGGAGCUCUUGCAGCCAAAAUCCUGCAUGAUCACACCAAGGAGAAAAUUCUGGUCGUCUGCCACACAAACCAGGCUCUAGACCAAUUUGUCCAAGACAUCCGCAAAGUCGGCGUCAAGGACUCGGAAAUUGUUAGACUGGGCGGAGUGGAAAGAACCGAUCCUGCUAACCACUCUCUCUUGCUUUCUUCACUGAGAGUUGACAGCACACUCCAUUCUAGCUGGGAUACAAGAUCGUUUGUCAAGGACAUUGAGCGUCAAGCCUUUGACGAAUCUCGACGUCUUGAAGACAUCUAUCAUGGCUUUACAUCGCUAGACAGGCUUCGUGAUCAUGUGGAUGGGCUGGCCAUGAGGGGAGAUCCGAGAUACAGUCAAGCUUUUGAGAUCAGCCUUGAGCCCAAUGGCACCGUGCGUGUCGCAGAAGAUGGCACAGUGGCCGGUAGACAUUACUUACUUCAACGAUGGAUCGAUGGCAAUAAUUUCGGCAUCUUCCCAGAAAAGGAAAAGUAUACCGAUGUCUGGAGUCUCUCGCUACAAGAAAGGAAAGAGCUGUCCAACAACUGGUGGUCCAACAUCAGCCAAAACGCGCUUCCAGCUUUCUUGGAAGCAGCAGAACACCACGAUGACCUGCUGAGCCAAGCUCGCAACGUAAACGGCCAGGUAACCGAACAGAUCAUCCGCAGCAAGAGAAUAAUCGCCUGCACAACGUCGGGAGCAGCAAAAUACCCACAAGUGCUCUCCACAGCCCCCGGCAUCAUCAUCGUCGAAGAAGCCGGCCAAGUCCUCGAAAGCCACAUCAUCACCGCACUAAACCCCACCGCCAAACAACUCAUCAUGAUCGGCGACCACAAACAACUGCGUCCCUUUGUCAACUACGAAUUAAGUGUUGAGAAAGGAACUGGCUAUGACCUUAAUCGCUCCUUGUUUGAGCGUUUGGUGUUGAGAGGAUAUCCGCAUCAAGUUCUUGCCCAGCAACAUCGUAUGAGACCCGAGAUAGCGGAGUUGGUCAGGCAACUUACUUAUCCUGAUCUCAUUGACGCACCCAAGACUCAAAAUCGUCCGGACUUGCGAGGGUUCUCUGAUAAUCUCAUUUUUGUCAAUCAUGAUCAACUCGAGGACACGAUAUCUGAGGACUCAGAGAUGAUCAAUGUAAGGACAUCCAAGCGGAAUACGUUUGAAGCUGAGAUGGCGUUCAAGACUGUCAAGUAUUUGUUGCAGCAAAAGUAUGAUGCUAGCAGUAUUGUGGUGUUGACGCCGUAUCUCGGGCAGUUGAAGAAGUUGCAAGAGGUGUUUGGGAGAGAAGUGGAGACUGUCUUGAGUGAUUUUGACAUUAAGAACAUGGAGAAGAAUGGAUUGAUCGAGGAUAGAUCUGAGGUCGAGGAUGCUCUCAAGGAGAGCGUCAUUACUUCUGCAUCGACAAAAGCUCCCAAGACACCCUCGACUGGAAUCAACUCUAUUGCUACUGCUGCUGCAUCAGUCACGAAGCUACCGCCGCCAACUAAUAUCUCUGCAAAACCAAAGCCAUCCACCCCACGACCAAAGAUCCAAAUCUCCACCAUCGACAACUACCAAGGCCAAGAAAGCGACAUCGUCAUCACCUCCCUAACCAGAUCCAACCCCGAAAACGACAUUGGUUUCCUCUCUUCCNCCGAACGCCUCAAUGUGCUUCUCUCCCGCGCCCGAAACGCUUUGAUCCUCAUCGGCAAUGCCUCGACCUUUAAAUCUGCUCACACGGGUAAAGGGUUAUGGGAAAAGUUCUUCUCUAUACUAGAGGAUAAAGGGCGCUUGUAUCAAGGUGUUCCUGUUAGAUGUGAGAGGCAUUUGCAGAAUACGGCGAUCCUUAGUACACCGGAAGCGUUUGAGGAACAGUGUCCGAAUGGGNGGUGUAGAGAGGGUUGUGGUGAGAAGUUGAGGUGUGGGCAUAUUUGUGAGCAGGUGUGUCAUCAUGAUGAUCACGAAGAGAUGCGUUGCAGGGUACUGGUCGAGGAACUGUGUAAUAGAGGGAUACAUGUUCAGAGAUUCGAGUGCUGUGAGAGGUUUGAGGUUAUUUCUAGGCCUUGUGAGGAGUGUUUGGCCGAUGAUGAGGUUGAGAGGAAGAGGAGGGAGGCAGGAAGUCAGGGUGGUGAGGAGAAGACUUGA